CACCACGCCGACACAGUGGAAGCAAGUCCAGCUAAUGAAAACGCCCGUAGACCGCGUUUUGAGAGCGUUAAACAUGGGACUGAAGUUUUAAAGUAGUACUUUUUAUUGUGGUUAUAUUUUUAUACUCACGUGUCGUUGGGUUCUUUGGACUAGAAAUGGCCGGAUUGAAAAGACAGCGGUCGUGGCAUGAAGACUUCCCGAGGAACUUUUUGAGAUUGUUUUCAAAAAAUAAACCAGGAGAACAAGACAAAACAGAGCCGGAGUGUGAACACAGUGAGAUACUUGAAGAUGAUGGCACUACCAGCCAGUCCUAUGACUCAAGUCUGACACCUGAACCUUUCCUAAAUACAUCACCUGGAGCACAGGCACUGGAGCACCCGGAACAGGACGGUGCACUGGAGGGAGACGGUGUGUGUGAUCACGAGGGCAGUGUUCAGGGGGAUGCGGAGAGUGACCCUCCUACCAUCACCCCCCUUGCCUCUGAGCCCUGUUCUCCACUGCCCCCUGUAGACAGCUUCUUCAGGCGCUUGGGCAGCCUGUUUCUUUUCACUCGAGUUCAGCCCGGAGAAGAGGACACACAGCAUGCAGUAAAGAAAGAUGCAGAGACAAAUGUGGAAGAAGAAGAGCACACACAGUCACUGAGGCUUCACGAGGUGUCUCCGUGUACUGCAGAUCCAGAGGUUAAAGCCACAAUUCAAGCUGAGCAAGAUGUUCAAGACACACAGCUGCAGGAGGAGGUUUUGGCUGAAGAGGAUGGGAAUACAGUAAGAGAAAGCUUGUCUGCUACUGUGGAAGAAGAGAACACGGAACCAGAAGAAGUGCAGGAACGGCGCCGUGCUCUGGCAUGCCCCCCGGUGGUGACACAUGUGACAUACCGUGGCCUUAGGAAGAUCAGGAAGAUGCAGAGGAACCAGGAAGUUCGACUCCACUCCCCAAUCUCAGAGGGAGAGGAGGGGCAUUGCGAGGUUGAUGUGGGUCUGGCUGCUUCAGAAGAAGACACAGAGCAGAAUGAGGCAAAAACAGGCAGCCAUGUCGUAACUUCCCCCCCAGAGAUCCAUUCAGGACAGCCUAACCCAAAAACAUUCUUAUCUUCAAAUAGUGUUCGCUCUGAUCAUCAAAUAUAUGCUUCAGUGGGUGCUUCCACUGUAACCUUUAACACUUGCAGUACAGCAAAGACCGAUGAAAUGCACAGCGCCCUGAGCUCAAGUGCCUUACACUCAAAUACCAAGGCUGAUAUAAAUUAUUUAGAAUUUAAUCCAAUGGUAUCAGGUCAGAUGCUGUGUGCUGAUGAAAAUAGUCUCUGUAGGUCUACUGUUUUAGAGUCAGUUAUUGAUGGGGAAGCUAAUAACUUGGAGCCAUCAGAGUCUGAAUCUUUGCCUCUGACAAUGGAAUCAGACCUUGAGGCAUGUCUACAGUCAGAGUCUCACUAUACUGAUGAGCUGAUGCUUCAUUUUUUAGCUGAAACCCCAGAUACACCCCAAAUGCAGCCGCCCAACACAAAUACUGCCACAAACUUAAACACUCAUUUUGCUAAAAUUAACACUGCCUCCAACAUGCACACAAACCUCAGUGGUUUGAAAAUUGCUCCUGAUUUCUGCCCAGAUAGCCAGCUGUCUAGUUCUGGCCUAGAAGGAUGGGACCAUAAAGAAACUCAAGCCCCCAAGUUAUCAUCUGUAGCAGAAAUAUCAGGACAUGCUGCCUGGCAGGCAGAGUUCAUCAUGGAUGAUGAAGACACACAGCAGCUGCGUGGAGAUAGAGAGACACUACAAGUGGAGUCCAAAAAGAUAGUAGAAAUCAUUCUCACAAAUGCUCUGGCUGCCCUGGAGAGGAUUGACAUUUCUGAACGUGAAAAAGAGGCUCUAUCAAGAGAUGAGUUUAUUGAAGGUAUGGAGAAUCUAAUUUUUAUGGAUGCAAAGGAGAGCAUGGAUGGAGCAGCCAGCUUGGGACAGGCAUUAAGAGAACAUUUACCUGUUCAUGGUGAUGGAAAUCCUCACUCAACUAUCUCAGAUGGGACUUUAAGCAGCAGGAUGCAGGCAGAUGGGAGUCGGUCCACUCCCUCCUCAGGCUACGAGUCCAUUGCUGGUUCAGACACAGACAUCCGGAACAGCGGGUCUAUUAGUGCUGAUAUUACCUCCACUUGUGGACUAUUCAGCAUGCAGGAACUCAAAGAGGAAGCAGUGAACGGAUGUUGCCCACAUGAGCUGGAGCUGUGUAUAGAAAGGAAUUCUGCCUCUCAAAAUCAUAGACAGGACUCUCUGCAUCACAAUGUUUUACUGCUUGGGGUAAAUCCUGUAGAGAUGGUAGAACCUGCCAAAACUGAGACAAACAAUGAACAAUUACCAAAAUAUGUUCUUAGUGAUAGCAAUAUAACAUCUGUACAGCCAACCGCAUGUGGGGGUUUAUGUGAGGUAAACAAAGGACAGGCACAGGGUGUUGUGGACGAGUGCAUUUGUUUUUUACAGAAAAUGAAUGACACAGGGCUUCAGUAUUCAGCCAAAGACAAUCCAGAAAGCAAUAAUCAUGCUCAUGCAUUGUACUUGAACUCAGGUGAUGUAUCUACAAUCAUUAAUGCUGUGGAAUCAAGCGAGCUUGAGGGUAUUAGAAAAAGCUUAUCUCAAGUUAAACCAGAUUCCAUACAGCUAGCUGAAAAUAUUGUAGUUCCAUUAAAAGAUUCCCCUAAAAAAGAUGACAAACCAAAUCUGUUAGUGGUCCAAAGCCAUGCAUUUGACAUCAUCUCAGAACCUCAUCUGAUCGGCUGUGAGAAGCCUAUAUUGGCUGAUCAGGAUAUACAAAGCAUAGAUACACAAGGGUCAUCAACCUGUGCAGGCAUAGGGGAGCUACGCUUAGUCCCAGAUGUUGGAUCUUUAGCUUAUGAGGUUGAACGGGGACUGGACAGUGAGCUCCAGGUGGAGAGGAAGGUCUCUGCUGGUGUACAACCUCUUUGGUUGCCCAGUUCGGACACAUCAGUUGAUUUCGGUGAUGAUCUUGAGUGUUUCCGAGCAGUUAAAGUCACUGUUAAUGAUGACCAGAGCCAGGAAGAUGAUACACUAAAUUCAGAUUCAGUAGGAUUAAGCCUGGACGGGGCAGCUGGCAAGCUGGCAGCCUUUCCUGUCUCAUCUAGGCCGCACUUGGAUCUCCCUGGCACCUUUGCCAUCAUCAGUGAGGAAGAGGAGACUGAUACAGUGUUCGUGAAUGACACAGGGCCUCUACUGAGUCCAAGUACACGGCGGGUUAAGAUAUACCCCUUUUCACUUUCCCCAAUAUACGAGGAAGACAGUGGAAGAGAUGAUGCCUCACGGGAUGAUGGGCUGCAUGUGCCCCCCGCCACAGAGGAAGAGCAGCGAAGUGAGGAACAUCAAGCUUCUUCCAUCCUUUCGCUUUUGCAGUCUGUCAGUGAGAGGCUGCAAUCAUCCACCUUUAGCAGCUCUGAGACAGAGGAUAUGGAAGACAGGCCAGAUGAACCAGAGUACCCACAGUGUUUUGCCAGACCUCUUUGGGAUCGCUAUGAUGAUGAUACCAUUGAUGGAGAGUCAGGCUUGCUGCUACAUCAACAGCUCACUUGGACAACUUUCCUCAGAACACAAGCUCCAAACGAUGAGGGUUCUCCUCCAAACCUUAGUCCACAACAGAAAACCAGUGACUCACAGGGUGGAGAUGUGGGGGAGAAGGAUUGCGAAACAACUCUGACCAGUGCUUUAAGGACCUCCCAUACUCCGUUUUAUCAGUAUUUGAAAUCCAAUGUAGUGCCAUCACUUGCCACAGAGACACUAGAGAGUAAAGCUUUUCCUAAUAGCGAAAGUUCAACUGCUAAUUCUGUGGUAAAGAUGGGCGGGUUUGGGAAAGUCAGUCCACGACCUACUUUGCUGCACAUCUACGAGGGUCUGGCACCAUAUGGGAAAAGGAUUGAGAUCUGUCGGGACAUGGAGGACGUGAAGGGAAUUUUGUUUCCCCAAGAAGCCACAAUCCAAGCCCAGAGAGGGUGCUGGCUGCUGUAUGUGGAACAGAGAUACCAGGGGUCUUGCAUCCUGCUUGAGGAGGGACAGACUAUACAGACCAGUGGAGAGACAAGAGCGAAAGAUGGCUCCCCUGCUCCUGCCACCUUGUCUGUUGGCUCCAUUAGAAGAGCAGUGAAGGAUGAUGCUGUUCCAGAGAUUCAUCUCAAUUUAGAGAAUAUUAAGAAGACUGAGGCGGUUUGUCUUCACUCUGAAGCUGACGACAUAGGUGCACAUGUACCUGUCCACCUGUCUGACCUCAGUGUGUGCUCCGGAUGCUGGGUGGCCUACGAUGGUGCUGGAUUCACAGGAAAUCACACGCUUCUGGAAGCUGGAGGCCUGACCACUCCCGUUCUACAGAAUGCUCCCAUCUCCUGUGUGCGGUCACUACGUCCACUGAGAAUGGGAGGUCUGAGAGUACGAAGACCUCUGGAUCCGAAGAUGGUGAUGUAUGAGAAGCCACACUUUCAGGGUCAGUGCAAGGAGCUUCUGGAAAACGCACCCAGCCUAGAAACCGAUGAAGGAUUAAUACACGUCUCCUCUCUACGAGUCACUGGAGGAGUGUGGAUGGGCUACUCGUCUGAAAACUACAGAGGGCAGCAAUGUCUGCUGGAGGAGGGCGAAUAUAGUGACUGUAACACACUCUUCAGUGGACCAGGAAAUGUUCUAAAAUCCUGUCGCUUCCUUCAAGCUGAUUUCAUUGAGCCUGCGGUUACCCUUAAUAAUUGUGAAGAGAAGGUUGAGAUUGUGGACCAGGAUGUGGCAGACCUGCAGCAGACUGGACUAGUGAAUGAAGCAAACACCAUCCAUGUUCAAAGUGGAGUGUGGGUAGCCUACAGUGGGAGUUAUUUCACAGGAGAUCAGUGUGUUCUCGAGAAGGGCCAGUACUCCGGAUCAGUAGACUGGGGCGACAGGCAGAGUUCACCUCUCUCCGUCCGGGCUGUACGGAGGGAGCUUUGUGGAGAAAAGGAUCCAAAGUUCAUGCUGUGUGCCUACAGCAAACCAUGCUUUGUGGGAGAUGGUAGAGAAUUUGUAAGCGAAGUGGCAGACUGUGCCACGUUAAAUCCUACAUCAUUCCGAAUAAUUCAGGGCAGGUGGUUGCUGUAUGAUGAAAGGGGUUUCUGUGGUAACCAGUUUGUCCUUGAAGAGGGCCUUUAUCCAGACCAAACCUCCUUUGGCUGCAUGGCAACAUCCAUUAAAUCCUUUAAACCCAUUCAAUAUAGCUUCUCGGAGCCCUCCAUCAGUCUUUUUUCACUUAGCUCGUAUGAGGGAUUAGAGACUAUGACAGAUUUACCCAUGGAGAGCAUGAGCAACUUCUUUACUCAGUCUCUUCGAGUCAACAGUGGCCUGUGGGUGGUGUACGAAUUCAGCCAGUUUAAGGGGCGUCAGAUGCUGCUGCAGAAGGGCGAGUAUCCAUGUUGGAGUGAUUACAGUGGCUGGGACACCAUCGGCUCCCUCCGCCCACUUAGACAGCGAAGGGCGUAUGUGCAGGUGCAGAACCGAGCUCUGGGGAUGGCACUGACUGUAGAGAGAACUGGGGAAUGCCCUUGUCCAGCCAGACUCUCGCUGUGUCCUGCUGAACACUCACUACACACACAACAAUGGGUGUACUCACAGUCUCAGUUCAAGAGCAAGGUGGGGAAGGGCUGCAUGUCCGUGAUUGGUGGGAAGGCCUGUGUGGGCGCCAGAGUGGCUUUGUGGGAAGAGCAUGGGAGACUGAAUCAGAAGUGGAGUUUAAAUGAAAAUGGGACCAUCUCCUCUCAUUUAAACCACAGCCUAGUAUUAGACCAGAGAGGUGGUAGUGGAAUAGACAAGGACCACCUGAUCCUGAACGAGUUUUGUCCCGAUAGAGCCACACAAUUCUGGGACACAGUGGUGCUUUAGUGUUGAAGCCAAGAAUCAGUUUCUCUGAAACAUGCUGGACAGUUUUAAACUAAUCAGCACUGCCUCCACCCAACUUAAAGAGGAACAGGCUGAAAGGAGGUCAAAAACCACUGUUCCUUAAAACCUAGCCCUUAGCAGCGUCAGCAGUUCUCAAUCAUCUUCUUGAGCCUAAAACACCAAAUUGUUCAAUCAGUUAGUAGAUGUUUAGGCAGGAUAUCAGCAAAACUGGGUGUUCAAGCUUUGGCAUCUGAAACCAGACAUUUGAUGUCUGUGAAAAGCUGGAGCUUGUCUUUGUGUUAAAGCUUGGAACAAAACACUGAAGCCCUAACUGAAUGAGGAGGAAAGCCUGUUUAGGGAGAUGCAAUUUUUAAGACCAACAACCAAAACCACUACACAAGUCUAUGACUAUUCAAUGGCAGAAUACGUGAGGAGAAAGGAGCUGUGUCCAGUUACUAUUUGAGGCAAUAUAAAAGAGUAUGAAUUGUAUGCUUGCUUGUGCUUGUUCUCCAAAGCACAUUUGCACUACAAAGAUCCUCAUUCGAACAGGAGUGGCCCUUUCAUAGGUUUAGAGCGUUCCCCCUACGCACUGUUACUGGAUAUAACAAAUGAUGUCAAACCUCCCUUUACUCAGACAAACACAGGCCAAGAGCAAGUGUUUACUUCUCUUAGUCAGGCUAUGUACAGAGAAUUAUUUAAAGCUCGUCAGAUCACUGGAUUUAUCACUGAACACUGAGUGUAUGAUAUUCAGGAAAAGAUGUAUGUAUUGAUGCCAUGUGCAAAGGAAAUGUGUACAGUACAAAAAGAAAAAAGCUUACUGUUUUUAAAUGUUAUUCAUAUUAAAGAUGUAUUAAAUUCUCA